CAGCUCUAAAUUUUAUUUUGCCUGUCGAGAACUGUAUGACAUAAAAAAGAUAGCUUAAAGAUCUGCAGUAUAGUGGGGACUCACUGUUAUAGCCAACAAUGCAAUUGUCAUUUAAGGGUCCUAAUGUUUUAAAUGUUGUUGCAGACUUGUGGAGGUGCCAGUUUCUCUUGCCUCUGGUAUCUCUGGCCUUGGUGUUCCUGAGCGGCCUCAUCGGCGUCUGCGCUUGCCUGUGCCGCAGCUUCACGCCCACCCUGGCUGUGGGAGUGCUUCAUCUUCUCGCAGCUUUGUGCUCUCUGGGCAGCGUGUGCUGCUUCCUGGCCGGCGUGGAUCUCCUCCACCAGUACGUCAGGCGGCCCGACGGGGUGGAGUCAUCGCUGGGCUGGUCCCUCUACCUCGCCCUCAUCUCCUUCCCGCUGCAGAUGAUGGCGUCUGCCUUGUUCCUCUGGGCGGCUCGCAGCCACCGCAAGAACUACACGCGCAUGAUCGCCUACAGGGUGGCCUAAAAUGGCGGCUCAGAGCAAUCCAAAGAGUAAGGCGGACGGAGGAUGUUUGUAGCCAAUCAUCGGAAGUGCUGACGCUUACACAACAUCCAUUUGUGGUAAUCGCUUCUUGACUUAAUUGCAUCUAUGUAGCCUUUCCUCUAAGAGUGCAUGCUGUAUUAUUUAUGAAGUUGUGGUGUCGCUGUGGAGAUUGCCUUCUUUUAGUUGUCAUCAGUUUCACUGCUGCUCUUCACCUUGCCAUUAACUUUUUGUAAACUUAAUCAAAUUCACAAUGCUUCAAGACAUUUUUCUUUCGAAGUUUGUUUCUCUCCAGCCUUGCGUGUGUCGUGUUGA